AUACAGUCUUAUACUUGCCACAGGGAAAGGUUCGUCAUACAACUGCAGUUAGAGGAGAGGAAAAAUAAGAUCAGAUUUUAGGACAUUGCAGGUUUCAGUGGCAAGAAAUAAAUGAUUAAAUUGGAAAUGCAGCCAACAGAGCUCAAAAAAGUCUAAAUAAAGUGAAGAGUGGAUUUUAAGUCACAACAAGGUCUAAAUCCUCAGUCAUGCUGCUGCUCUGCCUUGCCGUCCUCUGCCUCAUUGCCAGCUCUCCCUGUGCUGCUGCCCCACCCUGGAACUCUGUUUCUGAGCUGCACUCACUUUUCACCGCAUCCACCAAAAACAAGCUACUGCUCAUCUCCUUCGAUGGCUUCCGCUGGGACUAUGACCGAGAUGUUGAAACACCUAACCUGGAUAAGAUGGCCCAGGAUGGGGUAAAGGCAGUCUAUGUUACGCCACCCUUCCUCACUAUUACCAGCCCUUCUCACUUCACAAUGCUGACAGGACGCUAUGUCGAGAAUCACGGAGUUAUCCACAACGUAUGGUUCAACACUACCACUCAGGAGAAGAAGCAGUACUACGAGACUCAGUUUGUUGAUUCCUACUGGGACAAUGGCAGUUUACCCAUCUGGAUAACAGCCCAGAGACAGGGUCUAAAAGCAGGCUCUCUGCAUUUCCCUGGCACAGCAGCCACAUACAAAGGAGAGAUUGUGAGGGUUAGGCAAGUGGAACCACGUUUCUAUGAUCAUUCUAAUGAGACAGAUUGGAGGCUGAACAUCGACAAGGUGAUCGGAGAGUGGUUCCACCAACAGGACCUGGACUUUGUCUCAUUGUACUUUGGAGAACCUGAUUUGGCAGGACACGACUAUGGCCCAGAUUCCCCAGAACGCAGAGAGAUGGUCCAGCAAGUGGACCGUACUGUGGGCUAUAUCCGGGACAAGAUUCAAGACCAUGGCCUUACUGACCGGCUUAAUAUUAUCAUCACUGCCGACCACGGGAUGAGUAAAAUUCUUCGGGGUGGACUAGUUGAGGAGAUCGUCCUCUCAAAGAUUCCUGGCUUCAGCUUCAGGGAUAUAAAGUUCCAACUGUUGGAUUAUGGUCCUGUUGGGAUGCUGCUUCCUAAAGAGGGGAUGCUGGAGAAGGUCUACCAGGCUCUGAAGGGAAGCCACCCUCAUCUUCGUGUGUAUAAAAAGGAGGAAAUGCCAGCUAGACUGCACUACAGUAACCAUCCUCGACUCCAGCCCAUCAUCCUGAUCGCUGACCCUGGAUACAUUGUCAAUGGGUUCUUACCUGUAAACUUCAACAAAGGAGACCAUGGCUUUGAUAAUGAAGAUAUGGACAUGAAAGCCUUCUUCAGGGUGGUGGGGCCAGACUUCCAGAAAAACCUGAUUGUAGAUCCGUUUGACCUGGUUGACGUGUAUCCACUGAUGUGCCAUCUCCUUGGGAUAAACCCAGAGAUCACUGAUGGACACCUGGACAAUACCAAGCACAUGCUGGUUCCCAGGGAAAACACAGGAGGAGACAAUAAGAAUCCACAGAAGAAUAAUCAAAUGGACGUGCUGAUUGGCUUGUCAGCAGUGAUUGGGUUUCUUGUGCUUGUGUUCAUCAUUACUACACCCUACAACAUUUUGAAAAGGAACAGGACAUAAUGAAAAUUGACAUUUGUUUGAAAUUUAUAAGAACAAAAUGGUGGGAGAAAUUUAAAUCAUAUUUUUUGUUUUCAUUCUUAGCAUUUCCUAUUCAUUACACAUGAUAAUUCUUACUUGGUAUCCUUAAAGUGGUAAUACACUAUAUUUAGCAAAAUAAAUUAUAGUUAAGGGAA